AAUCAAAAUUGGCUUCUUCUGCAGUAGCAACAGCAAUGGCUGCACUACCAUCCCUCUCUUUACAAUACUUCGCCAAAACAUUCCUCACACACACUUCAUCAUUUCGCAUGCUUCAUCGUCUCACUUGUUCCUUCUCUACUUCUUCUUCUUCCUCGUCUUCCUUAGAAUUCGACAUUUCCUUCGCGCCCUCUAAACACAAGCCCAAGCUUGAAUCCAAGACCACCGAGGCAGACCCAAUUCCUGACGACGAUGACGCUCCCGGUGGAGCCGGGCAGCUCUUUAUCCCCUGGAUUGUUCGUGGCGAGGAUGGUAACCUCAAGCUUCAAGCUCACCCUCCUGCGAGUCUUCUUCAGGCCGUGGCCGAUUCUGAAAUUGGUCCUAAGAAGAAGAAGAAGAAGAAGAAGCAGAAAGCUGAAAAGAGUACCUCGGAGCCGAAGCACUCCAAGGCAGCCCGAAGGUUCUACAACGAGAAUUUCAGAGACUCGGGGAUGCGGUUAAGUAAGGUUCUUGCCGCUGCCGGAGUUGCAUCCCGACGGAGUAGUGAGGAACUUAUAUUUGAAGGCACGGUUACUGUUAAUGGCUCUGUGUGUAAUACUCCGCAGACUAGAGUUGAUCCUGCAAAGGAUGUCAUCUAUGUCAAUGGGAACCGCCUUCCUAAGAAGCAGCCCCCAAAGGUGUAUUUUGCCUUGAACAAGCCAAAAGGGUACAUUUGCUCGGCUGGGGAGAAGGAGUCUAAAUCUGUAAUAAGUUUAUUCGAUGAUUAUUUGAAGAAUUGGGGUAAAAGAAAUCCCGGAGUACCCAAACCACGGCUAUUUACUGUAGGGCGCCUUGAUGUUGCAACCACUGGGUUAAUUAUUGUGACUAAUGACGGUGAUUUUGCUCAGAGACUUUCACACCCAUCAUCUAAUUUAUCAAAGGAAUACAUUGCAACAAUUGAUGGUGCAGUUCAUAAGCGGCACCUAAUAGCCAUAAGUGAGGGAACAACUAUUGAGGGCCUUCACUGCGUACCUGAUGUUGUGGAGUUGCUUCCACAUCAGCCAGAUGCACCUAGAGCUCGUCUUCGUAUUGUGGUUCAUGACGGGAGGAAACAUGAAGUUCGUGAACUUCUGAAGAAUGCUGGGCUUGAGGUUAGCUUUAACAAUAUUCAUUCGUUAAAGCGAGUGCGCGUUGGCGGUUUUAAACUUCCAUCAGAUCUCGGGAUAGGGAAGCACAUUGAACUAAAACCCACAGAUCUGAAGGCAUUGGGGUGAAAGAGUUGAAAAAGGUUGCUCCUUAAUUGCUAUAGCUAAAAAUAUUACUUCGACUGGUCGUUUCAGCCAAAGGCAACUCCGAAGCUAACAUUUCAAGAAGUUGAAAGUGUGAAUCCCGGUUUCUUUCUUGAAACUGUUUUGGGAAUAGGACUGAGAAGUGCUUGAUGAUAUCUCAUGCUGUGAUGCCGAUGAGAUGCUCUCAAAACAAAGCUAUCUAUCUACCUAUGGAAGAGUUUGGAGAAGAUUUUAGACUAAGAAAUGAUAUUAUGGCCUUUUUGUCAAUUUGAAUGAUGAUGUUAAUGUACUAAAUGUACCAGAGAUGAUGAACUAUAUAUGAUAUUUGAACUGUAGGGAUACAGUAAAAUUUGCCAAUUCAAGAGGGACAUGAAGUCAUCAUCCCUGUAUUAGGAA